UCUGGGUCCUUUCUCCCCAUACACCAAAGAGAGCAUGGAUUACUCCCCAGGGCAGCUUGGGGAAACCUAUCUCCAGGUUUUGCAGUCGCUUCCACCCACUCCUCACACCCAGAAAGAAAACCUACAGCUUAUGACUCCACAAUUACUCUGUGAGCCUGGGAUUCAAAUCCCUGGUGGCCUCCCAGAUUCAAGCUCAUUCACAUUCAUUCUCAUCCUCUCACAGUCUCUUUCUCUCUCCCCAGACUCCUAACAAGACAAGACGAUCCUCCCCAGAGACUCUCUUUCAUUCAUCCCCUCCCAACACACACACACACACACACACACACACACACACACACACACACACACACACACCACACACACACUCGCGUGAGCACCGACCCAGACAGCCCAUCGCACUUUCCAGACGCCCACCUCCUGCACACUCCCCUCCCCUAAAAGACAUUCACCCACUCACCAGCUGUAGCCUCUCCAUCCCCCGCCCUCCGCCCGGCUCCCCCUCCUCAAGAAGCCGACCCUCGCGCUAGGAGGUAGGGACCCCAGCAGACGCACUGCACGGGCGCGCCGCACUGACCUCCGCCCGCCCUGCACGCAGAUUAACAAAGGCGGCGGCGAGCCCCACUCCGAAAGCGGAAAGCCGGCCGUGGGGUCCGGAGCCGGCGCCCAGUAGGAGAGCGAGCAGCGCGGGCUGCUCAGAAGUCGCGGGGUACAGCCUGAGCUCCCAGAUCUCUCUCAAGCGGCACUGCUGGGACGCUGGCUGCACCAUGGGCUGCUGCACCGGGCGCUGCUCGCUCGUCUGUCUCUGCGCACUGCAGUUGCUUUCAGCAUUGGAGAGGCAGAUCUUUGACUUCCUUGGCUUCCAGUGGGCACCCAUUCUUGGAAAUUUCCUGCAUAUAAUAGUUGUCAUAUUGGGUCUGUUUGGAACCAUUCAGUACAGACCACGUUACAUCAUGGUGUAUACAGUAUGGACUGCUCUCUGGGUCACCUGGAAUGUGUUCAUCAUCUGCUUUUAUUUGGAAGUAGGAGGCCUCUCUAAGGACACAGAUCUGAUGACCUUCAACAUCUCUGUACAUCGCUCAUGGUGGAGGGAGCAUGGACCUGGCUGUGUUCGGAGAGUGCUACCGCCGUCAGCCCAUGACAUGAUGGAUGACUACACAUAUGUCUCAGUCACAGGCUGUGUCGUUGAUUUCCAGUACCUAGAGGUCAUCCACAGUGCUGUACAAAUACUGCUAUCUCUGGUUGGUUUUGUGUAUGCCUGUUACGUGAUCAGCAUUUCCAUGGAAGAAGAAGACACCUUUGAUUUCAUAGGUGGACUAGACGCGCACUCCCACUACCAGGAUCAUGUUGAGUUAAAGCCUGUUAAACCUGUCGAAAUAAGUAAUGACAUUGACUCUGAAAUGCGGCUCCUGGACUUGAGUUAGGGAACAAAGCACCACUGGCCUCUAGCUCUGGGGAUCCCACAGCACCACCUUGCUCCUAGACAGCAGGACUGCGCCCCCUGCCGACCAGACCAGAGAACACGGAGCUGCGAGGUCUCAGCCUGUGUAACAUUAGCAUUGUUUGCUAGAUGAGCUCUGGGGGCUUGGGUGGGGUUUUGUUCUUUUUUUUUUAAGUCAUCUUCUUAUAUGAGCACUUGUAAAUUGUAAAAAAAAAAAAAAUGGUUUUUAAUUUUUUCUUAAUUUAACUUGAGGCAUGCAAAAUGAAAAAAAAAAAUCUGUGAAAAUCUUCUCCAAGUCAUUUCUAAGCGGACUGUCUGUGUUACUGAGCUGUGACAUCCAGGUUACUGGCCCCUGAACCCUGCUAAGCUAAUGGUUUUGUGUACGCAGACAUUGCCUCUGGGCAUCAGACACAAGGUAGACCUGUGGCAGAUUGCACAAAGAAUGGAUCCAACUUUCAGACUGAGCACAGAUCACUGUUUAAACAGCACCAGACACAGAGAAAACAUGGAGUCCUUUGUUCUGAAUCUCUAAAGAGUCCACAACAGUAUUCUGGCCUGGAAAUCUAAAUUUAAAGAUUGAUGUAUCUCUUAUUCUUGCAACAUCCUGAGACAAAUAUGCAUGUGUAUGUUUAUAUUAUGAUUGAGUACAAAACAGAAAUGCUGUGUGGAACCCUUCCCCUAUACAAGGAGUUGGCUGUCUAUGAGGUUCAUAUUUUCUGCACUUUGUUUCACUCCCAACACUGAUGUCAGACCUAAACAUACAACUCAAGGGCUGUGGGACAGAAAUUACAGCCAUAAAUCUAUAGCCAGGAACUUUUAGGAUAGUCAAAGGGAACAUUCAAAUGCUAUAGAAUUCUCUAUAGAAAUCUGUAACAAAAAUAUUUAUGCUUGAGUUACAUCAGUUUUUCUUUUUCCUCCUAUUCAUCCCAAUAAUCAAGAAAAUUAAGUGGGAAAUCUAAUUUUCUAAGGGGAAGAAUAGGUCCAUCUUGGAAAAAGUAUUACAAUGGUGGGAACCUUUAGAUUCAAAUAAAAUAUACGUAUGGUGAAAUGCAUAGAUUUUAAGGGUACAAUGAGAAGUGCACAAACUGAAUGAGCAAUGCUUCAACCAAAAUACAGAACAUGUCUGACACUUUAGGAACCUUCCUUGGUCCCCUUUUCCAUCAGUCUUCAUGAUGCCGUUGACCCCCAAUAAAUACCCCAUUAGAAACUGCAGCAUGCUUGAUUUAGUCUACUGGUGUAAACUAGUUUUGACAAACUAUCUGGCCACUGUAACAUGACCAAAUAUCUGACCACUGUAACAUGGCCAAGUAGAUUGAUAAAAUCCAUGUUGAUUCUCACUGCUGAAGUUUAACUGCAUUGCUGAUAAACUGUCUGCUCACCAUGUAAGGCCAGUAUUUGUCUCAUUGCAGUGUUUUCCUGUCUCUGUGUUAGUUCCCAUGUGAAAAGCCAUUUUGCUCCUUUCAUACACACAUGGAAAUUAAGUCUUCCCUUCAUCACAGCUCUGUCUGUUCACUGUUUGCUCCAGAGACAGUCCAGUGCAGCUCAUGUAUCUCUAAGGCACCCAUAAACCACUGGAAUUGGUAUGAGUUUUUGUAUAUUUAUGGAAGUCUCUCUCUUCCCUCUUCUCCCUCUUAUGUACAUAGAUUUCCCAAGUCUGCUAACAGUCAAAAUUUAAUGCAGUCACCUCUGCCCUCAUGUCUUGAAGGUUGUGUCCUGUCAGUCAGUUGGUUUCUCACUGAGAAUAAACCUAGAUUCUAAAUGACAAAGAGCUCCUGGAACCUGAAAGGUGGUGCCAUCAAAUUCCCAUUUGAGGAGCCCAGGGUUGUGUCAGGGAGUAGAAGAAUGACACAAAGCCCAAGUCUUGUCACUGAACCACCUUGACACCAAGCCUUGUUAGUCAUGGCCAACCUGGCUUCAGGUUCAGCCUUCUUUUGAAUGAAUGACUUACUCUUCCUUGGCACAUCCUGCUACACUGUGUGGCAAUGCAGGAACUAGGAUGCCAUCAGCUUAUUCAGGGGAACUUCCAAACAUGUUCCAAAGCCAGCAAAAGUUGGACAGAAGGACGAAGGGAUUAGAGAACUCUUGGACAGGAAAUGCCUUGGGCAUGGAGCAAUCCACAUCAGAGAAAAACUGUAAGAGCAUGUUCCCCAGUGAUCUUAACUUCCUUUCCUGUCUUCAUACUUCUCUAAACCUUGAACGUAGUUGGUUCACUUCAUUUUAGAAGACAACAUGGCAUCUUGUUCUAGCAAUAGACUGAUGCAUUUUCUUAUUCCUUUGGUAAAACAAGCCUUGAUGUUCCCAUAAAUACAAAUAAAAGAGGCAGCUAUCUUUUAGUAGCUCAACCUGACAGGAUAUAGAAAGAUGGCUGACUACCUGUUUCAUCCACUACAUAGUCCUUUUCUGAUAAGCAAAAUUUGUCUCCAUUAGAAUCGACUGAAAUGUGUGUUGUGAAGGUUGGAAAAGCCAUCAUGAUUGCUAAAUCGAGGAGCAAGUAAAAACCAAAAUUGUACUUUUUGCCUCUGAAAAUUAGAAUCUUGCCGAGAUAAAACAGAUCUUCAUUUUGUACUUAAUUUUAAAACUUAUGUUUCCAAAAUGGUCUCACUAUGGAAAACAUUCUGGGUGUGUUGUUUUGAAAGUAAAUACUUAUCACUUGUGGGUCACUUUAAUAAGGAAUUUGGAAAAAAAACUUUACAGAUUGAUUAGAAGUCAGUGUUCUGACUUGACAUUUUAGCCCAAGACAAUAUAUGCUUUCUUUCAAGGGUUGGAUGAAUAAAGUAGGAAAAAAUACAAAUAACUGAUGUGUUAUGGACUGGUCACAGGCAGCUCAGAUAAAACCAAGCCCAAGACAGAUAUUUCUGUGCUAAUGAAGUAAUUCCAGGAUGGCUUAAUGUGUCCCUGAACUAGCCCUAAGAUGUAAACAAAGCUACUGGCCAAGGAAAUGAUACAAACUUGGAGUUUUGGAAAAGGUCCUCCGACCUGGCUUCUCUACUCUCUUCCUUGAUAACCAGCAGCAAGCGGACAUAAAAACUGGCUUCUGGAGUGGCCCAUGCUUCAGUGAUUGUUGAACUUCUGACACCAUUGUUGAACUCACACAUGCCCAUUUGUCUUUUAAAGACUCAGAAACCUUAAAUCUCUGAGCUUACAAAAUAUUUUUUUUUUUAAAAUGCAAGUAGCCUAUAACAUUUUCAAGUCAAGGAGCCUUUAGAGUGUCCAGAAGUCAACUUUAAAUGUUUAUUAUAAAUAAGGCUACAAAUUAAGAAUAUUUUGUCCAAGAGCAAAACCAAUGGAAAACAUUACUCCUUGUGUGAUUAAAUAGCGUACCACUCAGAAAAGGAGUUGGUACAUUUUAAACAUUAGACAAACGUAUUUGUUGAUUAAGAAAAAAAAUCUGAAAAGUGGAAGACUAGAAAAAUUCACAUUUUGUUUUGUGAGUAGCAUCUCUUUUGCUCCUGAAGAGAGUUAUAGAAAAGGCCAUUUCUACAUAGUGGAUAAAUCUUCUUAAAUUCUGGAAUCUGUUUGGGGAAUUAGUGCCUACAGAGAAUUAACCAUUUUCUUUGAACUUGCAUUCAUAUAAAGGGUAUGGAUCCUAUUAAAUGGUAAAUGUUUUUUAAAAAAUUAAAUAUUCAAAGGAUCCAAAUAGGCAUUAGCUUGAACUUGAGAGAUAAGUUAAAAGAAUAAAGCAAUGGAGGAAAGAGAACAGCAAAGAAGUAACAGAGUGAGACAUAGGUUGAAAGAACGGAAAUGGAAAGUUAUGCCAUCUUGAUUUGGAGAAUGUCAGUUUUGCUCCUUUGGUCAAAUGGCCGUGUUUGUUUCACUGAGUGAAGACACUCAAGCACAUUUCCCUUCCUCUUUAAAGCUGAUAAGAAGUUGUCUGAUGAAAUAGAUAAUUCAGGUGGUUUUCCCCAUAGUAUCUGCUUUUAUAAACAACCAGCCAACCUACUUUAGAGUUAAGUUGAACCACAAAUGACCAUUGCUGUCACCAACACUAACAACAGAACAACAGCAGCUUAACUAAGAGAGUUAGCUAUUCCUCUUCAUAUUCUAAAGUUCUGGAUACCGUCAACAGAGAUUAGUAUGACGUCCUCCUAGAGAGCUUGUCCUCUUGUUGCUUCAUCUUUUGUUCCUAUGGGUCUCAAAUCAUAACAACAUUUAAAAUGACUGCUGAAGCAUAUGUCUGGUUGUUAAUUCCAGCCAAGGGGACUAAAGACAAGAAAGGCAAAAAAGAAUGGCAUUUCUUUUGUCUGAUGACAAGCCUCAGAAGCUGACUUAGAGUAUUUCUACUUACAUCAUUUGCCAAAGUUUGGUCUACUCCAAACUUUGUUGCAAAAAAUACUGGGCACUAGAGCCCUAUAUUCUAGAUGAUAUUGUACCCAUCUAAAACUUAGAAUAGUAAACACAUAUAGAAGAAUAUUGAGCAGUCUUUUUCAUACACUUCAAGAGCAGCAUCUUGUUGAAAAUGGAGGUCUCUAAUUUUUAGCUGUUAUAGAUUGUACAAAAAAGAUAUAUAUACUUUCUAAUAUUGUGAAAAAUAUAAUCAUCAUCCUCAUGAAAUAAAAUUGUCUGCUUCUUGCUUUCUUAUCUGGUCUUUAUGGUCAGAAAGAAAACCUAAUAUAUGAUGCUAGGUUAUCCAGUAUUUUGUUAAUUCUGUAGAAUGUAUUUUGGUUUUUCUGCUGUUGCAAUGACUCUGAUUUAACGAGCCAGUCCAAUAGAGGGCUCAGUCCACAUAUAACAGCACCAAUAGGUUAAUUCUUCCAUGUGAAACAGUCGAACUCUGUUCCACAGGAUCUUCUGAACUGAUCAAUACGGUCUUUAUUUUAUUGCUAUUUAAUUCAACAAAUACCUAGAGUAUACACUGCUUAGAAAAGUGGAUCAGGGCUUAGUAAAGUGUGAUUACAAUGUGUGAUCUUUUGUACAUCCUUGUCUUGUUCCUGAUUCAUGUGGAUUCGUUUCAAGUUUCUCUCCAUUUGACCUUUUGUAUUCUGUUAUUUUCUCUGUGUUAAAAUUGAGCUCAGCCACGCAUGGUGGCAUAGGCCUAUAACCUUUACUACAUAGGAGGUGAGGCUGAAUGAAAACAAAUUCAAGAGCAGCCUAGGUGGCUUACUGAGAGUCUGUCACAAAAAAUAAAAAAGGAAGAGGAGGAAAAGAAGGAAGUAGAGGAAAAGGGAAGAAGAAGACGAGGAGAAGAAAGAGGUUGUUGUUGCUGUGAAGUUUAACAUGAAAAAGGGGUGCUGGAGAGGUACUUCAGUGGGGGAGCACAUGACUAUCAUUGACGCCCAGACCCCAGAUUUGAUUACCAGCACUACAAGAACUAAAUGGAAAAAAGAAGUACAUUUUUUUAAGUUGGUCAACCUCUCUUUUCAUUUUUUCAUUGUUUUCCCUUGAGAAAAUACAUUAUUUUUGAGAAACCUAAAAUUAAGAAAAAUUAUAAAAAUUUUAUCAUUAAACUUUACUGUGCCCUCUUCCUGGACUGUGUACUCCAGAUACUGCUUAUUCAACAACUCUCUAGGAAAUGAUUUUGGGAACUGAAGAGUGCUGAGCAUAUAUUGCCUCCAAAUCUAGCUAACACCUGAUAGUUUCAAAAUGAUUAGGUGAGUUGAACUCUCACUCAGGAGCCUGAGAUGGGAGGGUUGCUUGGCCAGGAGUAUAAAGCCUGCUUGAGCAGAACAGCAAGAUGUUAUUUUAAAAAUUUAUGUAAUCUAGGGGCAAAAGUGAAACUUCAAUGUUAAGUCAAUCUUAAGAUGGUUAAGUGUACACUGCUUGCCUGCAGCUCUUGCAAAGGACCCAAGAUAAGUUCUCAGCAUCCACAUUGGGUAGCUCACAACUGCCUGUAAUUCUAGUUCCUGGGGAGCUGAUUCCCUACUUUGGCCUUUGCAGGCCACUGCACUCGUGUGCACACACCCGUAUGAGUAUGCUCUUUCUCUGCAAACUAACUUCAUAGCAAUGGAAAGACCUGUGGUGUCUCCCUAUGCCCAUUUUAGGAGGACACUGAAGCUGGUCAGAGUGGCGAAUUCACCUGGUGUCCUAUUAUAUCUGUGAAUCAGUCUAGCCUUUUUCCUCUGCAUUCAUUACAUGGCUGUCUUUUAUAGAGUCAUUACUGAUCAGGCUUUUACUAACCAGCUGUUUUGUGAUGACUUUUGAUGCAGAUUUGCAUAGCCUUAGAUGAUCAGGUUGUGAGGCAACCUGCAGGAAGACACAUGCUGCUGGCCUCCUCUCCAUAGCCUGCCUCUCCUUCCUUAGGAGAAUCACUAGCCAGGGGACAUAAGUAUUCUCUUCAGUUUUGUUGUUGUCGUUUGAUUGAUUGUUUUCUUGACUUCGUUUUGUCUUCUGAGGGGAUAAGUAGAAGUCCCUGAUUUGUUUUAUUUUUUAAAGCUUAUUUGUUUUAUGUAUAUGAUUACUUCGUCUUUAUGCACACCGGAAGAAAGCAUCUGAUCCCGUUACAGAUGGUUGUGGUUUUGCUUAGUCUCUCUCUGUGUCUGCUUUCUUCACUUGCAACUUAAACAUAAUAUUGUGUGCUCUGAACAACCUGCACACUCCACUUACCAGCCAGCACACAGAGAUCUUACUUUCAACUGAUGGAUGACAGGUCCUGAGGAAGUGCAUGUGCUAAUAACUUGUUGAAAGACCCUUUUUGACUGCUUGUUACAGUUGCACCUUCCCCGCACCUCCUUGUUCAAAGGGGAUCAUUCUAUUUUCUUUCUGGUAUCUUGAAUUCUAACCAUAAAGCAUAUUCACUGCCUGUACUUUUACAAAAUACUUUAUGAAGACCACAUGUACUCUCAUGUCAAAGUCAGAGCCCAAUAAUCGGAGUUAUUAAUUGAAUUCAGGUCUUGAUAGAAGAAACAGGUACUGAGGAUAUAGCUCAUUGAUAGAGUGCUUGCCUAGCACAUGUGAGGCCCAGAGUUCAAUCCUCAGUUCCAUUAGUAAGUAAAUAAAUAAGCAGAUAACAGAAACAAGUAAUGCUGUGAAUAUUAACCAGCUUUGCAGUUCCUUCAUCGAUAACUGCAUUGUGUCAGACAGACUUUUCUUCUCAUUGCUGAUGGUGUUAUUAUUAUAAACACUUUAUAAUAAUAGAUCCAUUUAUUCAUCCAAUAUGCAUAGUUAUUUAUUUGAAUUCUCUAUAGAUUUUCAUCUUUGUCUUGCUUUUAAGAUUCCAUCACAACCAGGGCUUGGUGAUUUAUGCAAAUUAUAAUGUAUGGAGUAGUAAGGUAAAUAUCUUUGUUUGUUUGUUUGAGGUAGGGUCUCAAUAUAUAUGGCCUGGAACUCACAGACACCCACCCACCUGCCUCUGCCUCCUGAGUGCCCAGCCUGCAAGCAAGUUCUUUAAGACUAGAACUCUUGUGUUCUUAGUCUUGUGGCUUAUUUAACUUGGUUUUGGAGGACAAGCAAAACUCAUUAGUUCAUUUCAUUGUUUUUAAAGCACACGCUUUAUAUAAUGGAUUUAAAAUAUCAGUUGGUGACUGUUAGACUUUUUAAUAACACAAGGAAAGGUAUUGAUGACAGAUGUCAAACUACCUGAAAUAUGCCCAGAGAUCAAAGUCCCUCCGAUGGCUCUAAAAUGCCUCUGGUGAUCUUAGGUCUGCAGGGUCUGCUUUGACUCAUUCCUUAUCAAAGUAGGAGGUUUGGGCAGUGGUGUCAGGAGGCUCUGGGCUUGUUUCCUUAUUUCUCCUUUGUUCAGAACCCAUGCCAUCUACCUUCCUUCAUUUCCUCCACAGAAACCCUGUAUUUCCAUACCCAUAACUAUGGAGCUGCAUAAUAAUUAAACACAACCUUUAAGAAAACGGAGUUUUCAUUAAAGUUCUGUUGGGGAUCUGAGCUGCCACAGGACAGAUGCUGCUAGAAGCAGAGUAUUAUUAGCAUCAGUAAUAAUUGUAAUAAAAGCAUGCCUCGUUCUCUUUUAAAGAUGUAGAUAUUACAUUUUUUUCCAUUCCGCAUAGCUCAAGGGAAACGUGGGUGUGAACACUUCAAGACACUUUCACGUCCUCAAGGGAAAACCCUGAAGUGAAGAGAGUUAGAAUUAAUAUCCACAUCAGUUCCUAGAGCAAAAUGCCUGACACAGAAUAACGAAGCAAUUUCCCACCCUCUCCUAGUAGCUUGUAGGUGAGAGUUCCCAGCGAGAUCCCCUGGGCUGGAAACAAUGACAAAUUUCUGACUUUGUAGGUUGGUUUGGUUUUUUGUUUGUUUGUUUGUUUUGUUUUUUCCUGAGACUUCUUACAUAUGACAAGAUCCCUGCUGCCUAGCAACCUCCUGCACACUGAGCUGAACCAAGGAGCAAAAGGCAGAAAAAAAGGUCUUGGCCACACCCGGGAGGUUUUUACAUUCCACGUGCGGAAGCUCCUCAGUUCUUUUCAGUGGGAAGCUGUCCAGCCUAGUAUUUAUUAUUCUUAAUUAAAUCACAACUUGGAUUUGUGUUAAUAAUGUAGUUUUCAAGCGCCCAACAGAUUAAGGAGCAGGAAACAUAAAAUGUAGUUAUUGCAGAGAAUAUGCAGAAAUGAAAGAACACAGGGAGGAAACUAAGCUAGGAACCUGAAUGACUGGCAAAUGGACACACCAGAUGUAGAAAUACCCAUAACAGAGUCCAUAAAUAAAUAGACUCUAGGCAGGAGUGCAUAGCUUUACAAAACUGUUUUACUCUUACUAUGAUAAAGCCAGAUUUUAGUUAAAAUCAUGUCUGUGUGAACUAAGAAUAGGUACUCUGGUUCUCUCUGACCUGUCUUACAACUACAACCAUUAUUGCUUUUAUCUGAAUAAGAUGCACUACUUUUGGCUGCCAGUAAUUUUUUUUCCUGAUGAUCACACAAACUUCCAUUGUCUGGGUUUCUUAACUGUGGCGUUGCUUCUUGCAGCGUGACAUGUCCAGAGCGUUUGCUGGACUGUGCUCAUUGGCUUCUCUAACCCUAAAGACACUUGGUGAAGAACAUUGUUUAAUUAUAUCCCAGCCAUCUCCCAGGCAUGCCCUACAGAGGAGCCUGAGUAUGGUGGAAACCAUCCGUGCUAGAGGAAGGUUUGAUUUUCAAGAUUUAAACUCCUAAUACUAGUUUCUGAUAAUUAUCCCCUGUGAUGAAUUUUUUUUCCCUUGUAGUUACCUAAUUGUCUGUUUUGGUAGAACAGCAUAGUUUUCUCCAGCAUAGACUUUUCCAAGUCCACAGAUAUUUCACAAGAAAGUCUCCUCGAAGGCAUGCUGCAUUGGUCUGGCAUGCUCUCUUCCAAUUCAUGAGUUCAGGCUUACAUCGACCCAAAUAACUUUGUUUCCUGUACUAUUUUUAAUCUAUCGGUAAUUGAUAAAAGAAAAUCCAUGGACAGCUGCUAACUCAAGCAAGUUUUUCAUUCCCAGAUUAGUCAGAUUUCCCUUUCAUGUAUAAAGGUGACCACCCAGGACUAGCUACUGAUAGGGAAAUUUUAUUGCAGGCCACUGCCAUACUUAGCAGUUUUGUUUUUUGUUUUUAAACACACCAGCAUACACCGAGGGACACAAGGUUUUAUGAACUCCUUUAAGUGACACCAUGUGGUGUCACUGCCUUUCUUUCAAAGCAUGCCUGCAGAGAAUCUCAUGGGUGUGAGGUAUUGUCCAAUUAUUAAAGAAAUAAAGCAAAAUAGCUGAGAGUCUGUCCAUGAGGAACAUGCAUUCUACCCCCGAGGAGAUUGCAUUAAUCUGCGAAGCCUCAAGCAAAUACCAUUCUAGAACAUCUGGGCCCUGGAAGAAGGUUCAGAGAAUGUCCUUCCCCACAGAUUCUGAGCUCUGGUGAGGAAGGAAGAUGAUCAGCCUAAAUGCAACCUUCCUGUGCUGCCUUGUGAUGAUUUCAACAAACACUGGGCAAGAAUCUGGUUUUGAAAGAAUCCCCCAGCCCAGAGGGCAGAGGGGCAGUGGAAACUAAUCAAAUGCCCCAUUUCUCUUUGCGAAGAUGACUAUGGAAAUCCUCUUAGCUUUGGGCAAACUUCCUUUACAGAGCUCAGUCUCUGCAACACCACUGUUCAUUCAUUCUCUGAUGCUCAAGACACGGAGAUCUGAGCCACCUGUCCCUCUGAGCAUGUAUGUGCCACCUUUGGAAAUGGUGCCCUAUCACUUAGGACUGAAUUGACAAAUCUAAGAACCAGUUACUGGAUCACACAAGCCAAAGCCAAAGCCAACCCAUCACACCACUAAGUUCUCCUUAAGGUAGUCCAUUCUGCAGCCUCUGCCAGUCUAAAUAAUUGUGCUUGCCUCAGCCAUACAGAUAUAGUCUAGUGACCUCUGUGGAGAUCUGGGAGUACCACCAUGGGUGCUGGAGUGAUUGGGUGUGGGAGACAUAACUGUCUGGAAAGAAAAAGCAGUGCUCACAGAGGGGUCUCCAGGAAACCCUACUAUACUUGGAGGUCCACACAUAGCUGCCCCUUUGCUGUUUGUAAUUUCUGACAAACUGGGUACUAUUAGUACUAUUGUUGAAUGAAGAUAGCAGUGGUGAAAUGCUAAGAAUGACCCUAAGUCUUCUACUGUUCUGAGACUAACAGUGAGUUUGCUCUUUUUGUAACAUCAACUCUGCCAUCUUAUGGAGAGGAGUGGAAACAGCAGAGCAUUUUGCUCCGUGCCUGCUUUAAAAUGACAGGUUGUAACACCUUCUGCCUACUUCUAGUUGCUCUUAAACCAUUAACAAUUUACCAGCAAAAAUAUUUGUCCAAGAAAAAAUCUGUUUUUAAGAAUUCUCAGAUUGUUUGCUAACCAAGAUGUCUCUCAAACUUGGCACUAGAAUUCUAUGUAUAAACCUCAAGUGAUAUUUUGUAUUAAUACGAGUUUCUACUAUCACAUAACACUGUGAAGUAAUUUCUUUGUAUAUUAGUGUCUUUUCCUAUCAUUUCUUGAGCUACCAGGUGAAGUAAAUGAAAAUAAGUGAACUCUGUCAAGAAUUGCCCUGUAUAAUAUUGGUAGCCUGUAGAAAAGUGAGUCUUGUUUUUCUUACACAUUCAGAUGGUAACAGGACUUGUUUUCACAAGCUUACAUUUUACAUUUUAUGCUUCUACCUGUAUAUUAUACUCUACAGUUAUCAGAAUAUGUCAUUUAAUCCAUAUGUCUCUCUGAACACUGAUUCUGAGUAAGUUUACAAGUUAUUUGUAAUUACCUAUUAUUUUCAACCAUGAAUAAAAAUGUACAUUGAAAUAGAA